AGACCAGAAAAUGGUGGAUGGAUCAGCUAACAGAACAUCCCACAGAGAAGGAAAUGAAGCUUCAGAGAUACAUCCAGUCUUUACAUCAAGAACUACAAGUGGCUCAUCAGAACAAAGUAUCACUACAGGAGGCACUGACUGAGGCUAAUGAACAAGGCUCUAAAGUCGAUGGCAGUCAGCUAGUUAUUAUGAAUGAGAAAUUGGAAGAGGUUUUACAAGAGAAACAGAUUAUUACUGAAGAUAUUGAGAAACUUCGAGUUACAGUUGCUUAUAAUGAACCUCUCCUAAAACGACUCAAGUUAGAGAUACAGCACUGCAUUGAUUUAACAGGACAACCAGAUCUUGCACAUUGCUUAAAGUUUGCUAUAGCUCCCGUGAGCACACCCAGUCUUCCUUAUCAGUUCAAGUUUGUAGAAGGAGGAGAGUUUAGCUCUAAUGGUGGGUAUGGAUUCAUUGAGCGUAAAGAUUUCUGUUUGGUGUGCAUACUGGGAUUGCUAAUAGUAUCGAUGACUAGAGGAGGAGGAGGAGGAGGUCAGCAGCAACAAGGAACAGGAUCUCAGGGAGCAGGUGUAGUAUCAGCUCAGGGAGGAAAUGCACCAGUCCUUCAACAACAACCAGUAGUUAACCCACAAACCCAAGGAGAGCAGUCACAAGAAGGGGAACAGGAACAAGGAGGAGAUGCACUGACAGUACUAGCCCAGCAACACCAACCAGGAACUAAUGAACAAACCAAUGGACAACAAGGAGAGGAGGUACAAGAGGAACAGGAACAAGAAGGAGAGCAUGCACAAGGAGAUCAGUUGCAGAAAGGAGAUCAAUUACAGUCGCAAGAUGGAGAGGAAGAGGAAGGAGACCUUCAAAGAGAAGGACACAAACAAGGAGGAGAAGAAGAGAGGGAGUCACAUGAACAACAUAAAGCAUUGGAAUUACAAAAGAAACAAGGAGGACAAGAGGAAGAUCCUGUAGACACAGCCAAAGAAAAGGAAAAUAAGGAACACAUUGAUGGGAAUAAUAUACUGGUAGAUAAUAUACCUGUUCCUAUUAAAAGUGAAGCUGAAGUAUUGACUAAACCAACCACUGAGACUGAAAAUG